GCCAAGCGCUGAAGCGGAAGUGUCAAAUGCGGAAGCAAGCAACAUUCCUUUUUAGGACGCAUGCACUUGCACUUUGAGCAUACAUUUAUUACAUUAACACAUAUUUUAUACACCCAGGCGUUACUAUAAACAGAUAAAGCAGACUUAGGAGUGUGCUGUGCAGCAAUGUCGUCCAGCGGAGAAGCAUUGUUUCGGGCGGUGGAGAAGCCGCUGCUGGUCCUCGGUGCCCUGACCGCGGCCUGGCUGUCUGUGUGCUCCGUGUAUCGGCUGCUUUCCGGGCUCAGGGUGUGGGUGCUGGGCAACGGGAAGCUCGUGUCCCCUACCAGACUGGGGAAAUGGGCAGUCGUGACAGGAGCCACAGAUGGGAUCGGGAAAGCUUACGCAGAAGAGCUUGCCCGCAGAGGCUUUGCCAUCGUGCUGAUCAGCCGCUCUCAGGAGAAGCUGGAUGACGUUUCAAAGGCGAUCGCAAGCAAAUGUGGCGUGGAGACCAAAACGAUCGCAGCAGACUUCAGCGCCGUAGAUAUCUAUUCCAGGAUUGAAGAUGGACUUGUAGGAUUGGAGGUCGGAGUAUUGGUGAACAAUGUUGGAAUAUCCUAUUCUUACCCUGAAUUCUUCCUCAACGUUCCCAACCUGGAGACUUUCAUCGACACCAUGGUCAACAUCAACAUAACGUCCGUCUGCCAGAUGACACGACUUGUUUUACCUCGAAUGGUGGAGAGGAAGAAGGGUGCCAUCCUGAACAUCUCCUCUGCCAGUGGGAUGUACCCUGUGCCUCUCCUCACCGUCUACUCUGCCUCUAAGGCAUUUGUGGACUUCUUUUCACGAGGACUACAAGCUGAAUACAAGAGCAAAGGCAUCAUCAUCCAGAGUGUUCUGCCAUUUUAUGUUGCAACCAAGCUGAGUAAAAUCCGGCGUGCUACACUGGACAAGCCCAGUCCCCAGCGCUACGUGUCAGCCGAGCUCAAUACUGUGGGUCUGCAGACCCAGACCAAUGGCUACCUGCCCCAUGCCAUUAUGGUAAGUCUUGGGUUGGGUGACUACAGAUCUGCUCCCUGCCAAGAUCCUCAACAGCCACGUGAUGGGGAUAGGUUUGUCCCAGCGUGCUCGUUACCUGAAGAAGCAAAAGCAGGGUUAGAUAGACGCGCUGCGGCGGCAGGAAGAGGGGACCAGCUGUGUUAACCACUCGUCCCACGACCAUCAUCAUGGACCAGGAAGAGAGAAUGUGACAGUUUCUGGGCAACAUCCCAGUUUCCCUCCCUCCCAUACUCCCCGUCAUUGAGGAUGAGAGGCAGUGUUACAUAUAUUCAAUUCAAACAUAAAAAUACUGAACAAAGUGGUGCUCUUCAUCAGCUUUAAUGAAUGGAACACUAUUGCGUAAACUAAAAACUAUUCCCAAAUCCAUCCAUCUGUCUGUUAAACAUGAGCAAAUUGAAAGCCUAGUUGAGGGAAAAAUUUGGAUGUGUGUGAGGUUCAAGGCCUCUGUAUAUUUCUGUGUAUCAGAGUAUGUGCACUGGCUUUGUUUACUAGCUUUAAGCUUUUUAGUUUUACACUGGAGGUGGUACUUACUUACUUUCGAGGGCACUUAAACAUGUUUUAUUGAGAUUUAAAAGGCAUAUUUUUCCUGCGUGUUGGACAUUAAUGGCUUCAUUAACUCCUUCUAUGGGAUUUUUAUUGCACUCGGAUUUAGACGAUUCUUCGUCAGCACCAAUUCAAAACGCUUAGUGAUCUCUUGUUUGUUUGUUUUUUACUUAAAAUGUUCUCAAAGGUGUUAAUGUGGUGGUGAAAUGAGUGCAUGUUUAAUUUAAUUAAGAGGAACCGCUGUAGAUUGAUAACCAGCAGAGAGGGAGAUGUCUUGGUGAAAUUGAAAGGUUCAAAUGUGUGUUUUGUUUACUAACUAAAUUGAUUAAAAUGAAUUAGUACCGCUGGUGUUACUGUUUGACAGGACUUUCUAAACUAAAACUCAUCUCACAUUAGAUCCAGGUAUAACGACAUACAUUAAGCUCCAUCUUUUCACUUGUAUUGAUUGGAUUGAUUUUCUAAAAUGUGGAACCAAACCAAAUAUAGAAAUUAGGUAAACCAAUGAGAUCUGAUACUCUCUUUUGAAAACUACAGUUUUGUUCAGUUGUUUUGUUAUAUCUGUGGUAAUCUCAUUUGUUUUUGCUCAGAUAUCACUUUAAGUUAUACUGUAAUAAUACUUAAGGGCACUUUUUACUCGUACUAACUCAAGGGUGCUGCAGCAAGGGACCAAUUUCCGUUCAAGUGUUUUCUCUAGGUUUAGGGUGUAAUCCUACUACCUGGGGUACAUGUUGGGGAUGAAAGCAGGACAAACUGUAAAAAACAAAUUACAUGUUUCCAACCAUCAAUAAAUAGUAAUACAAAUAA